CACUUGUCCUUCACUCGUUUUUUACAUUUUUUUUUCCUUUUCUCUGUCUCUUUCUUUCUGUUUCACCUGCUCUUGCAAACUUCGUUUUUUACGAACCCCUCGAUUCACCGGAACCCUAACUCGAUCCGCCGGAGAAAUCAAUGUUCCGCUGUUGGUUAGGUGUGGUUGAAGAAGUCGUGGUGUUAUGAAGCAGUAGAUGAUAUUACGUUUUGGGGAGGAGUUGAGAUCAAACUGACUGGAUUUCGUCACCGGAUGGAGGGAGGGAUAUACUCAUGGAUUGUGAUGACAAUGAUUUCCAAGGCCCGAAUCUUCAGUUAGCUGGUGAAGGAAGUAAUAAGUUUCCACCUGUUUUACGGCCUUAUGCCCUUUCAAAAUUUGAUUUUGAAGACACCCUCCCUGGGCAUCUAAGAUUUGAUAGCUUGGUUGAAGGUGAAGAUUUUCUUGGCAUUGAGAGUACCGAAGAUAACCAGUGGAUUGAGGACUAUUCUCGGGCGAGUAGUGGGAUAGGGUUUAAUACAAGUGCAGCAGAAUCUUGUUCAAUUCCAAGGCAAGACAAUGUUUGGUCUGAGGCCACUUCCUCAGAGUCAGUUGAAAUGCUAUUAAAAUCUGUCGGGCAGGACAACAUUGUUCCUGGUCAGACUGUCACUAGGGAAUCAGAUGCUUGUGAUGAACUGGGUUGCAUAAUAAAGCAGAUGGAGCCUACUUCGAAGCAUGAUGAUGGUAGUUUUUCUAAAGUGGAGGAUGUAGCAGGUUUAAAUCCUACAUUACGGCCAGCUGAGAUUCCAGAAGCAAGUUCUGAGUUUAAGAAUGAUUUAGGGCCAGAGAAGCCUCUGGUUCAAGAUGCAUCAAAAACUGAGGCAGGUGAUUCUGUUGAUGGAGAUUUGCAUAGUCCAAGUACUGGCAGUGAAAAUGCCAACAUAGCUGUGACUAAGGGGAGUGAGCCUGUGGUUGAAAGACUGGUUGCAAUUCAUCAAAAGGAAGUAAGUACUUCCACUGAUGAUUCACUGGAUGUCAGCAAAAAGGGAGAUAGUUUUGCGUCAUCACUAGUUGUUACUGCUGUUUCCUCCCUGCAAAAUACCAGUACGGGUAGUGUUGUGUUAGAUAAUCUAGAUGGCAUGUCUCUGAAAAAAGAUGUUGGUGACAAAGAGACAGAUAGUUUGGAGAAGGAUUGUGAGAUUGAUCAUCAUAAUUUGGAUGAACAUCCAGUUCCAACAGGUACUUCUCAUGUAGAUAGCAGUUCAGCCUCUGAGAGGGAAUUGAAGGAAGAUGGAAAUAUGAUUAAAACUAGUGCUAUUUCUGAUCCUUCUACAGUAGUCGCAAAAGAGGAUUUUGCCUUCCAUAUGGUGGAAGGAUGCAGUGAGGCUGUACAUCCGGGGAUUCCUGCCCAGGCCACUCAAUCUGAUGACCUUGUAUUGUCUAAAGAUUCAUUUGUGGGUGAUCCCUCCUUAGGAAAUCUACAUGAUACACCACCAUUGCCCCUUGAUAGUAUUACUGGCCUAAUGGAACAGGAUGGUGGGGCCAGCAACAAUAACACUGAAAUCUGUACCAGUUUAGAGUCCAAUAUGGAUUCAAAGGUGCAAAUUGCAUGUAAUCAGAGCACUAUUCAGGAGGAGCAAUUUUUAGAAAGUAGUGGCCAACUUGGUACAAAAAGCUUAACCGGUAAGUCUGAGGAAUCUUUGUUGUCCCUUGAAGAUGAUAAACUUUCUAAAGGCGAAUGCGAUGGAAGCAGCAAGAGUUACGUGGGGGAUAUUUAUAGUUUGAAUGUCGUCUGUUCUUCAGAUAAAUUGACCAUGAAUCAAACAAUUACAACUUUUGAAGGAGUUCAUAAUACUUCAGAAGUCUAUGGAGCAGAUUCUGCAAAAAUAUGCAAGGAAAAUAUAAUAUGUAGUAAUAGUGAUCCCUAUAAAUGCGACCGGAGAGCUUAUGCUCAUGAAAAACAGAGCACUGAGUUGCCAAAUGACUGUAGUAAUACUGAAUGUGGAGAUGGUAGAUCUCUGGUUGUAGAUAAGGAGGUCUGCUCCCCAUCUUCUGUUGGGGAUAAAACACUAGUUUCAAAAUUACAGUGUAAUGCUGUUGCUGGCAAUGAUUCAGACUGCGUCCCAUUGCCUUCUGCAAAGGGUAUUCUCACAAGUGAAGUUGAUAAGCAGGAGGUUCAAGUGUCUCUCAUGCCUUUGGUGCAGGCUCCUGCUGACAAGGAGGAAGGAUCAUUGAACCCAACAAUUAUGUUCAAAGCAAGUUUAUCAAAUCCCAAGGUAUCUCCUGAAGGGAGAACUGAGUCACGUCUAGUUUCGAAAUCUGGAGAAGGAGCUCCUUGUGGUGCUGGUGCUGGUGCUGAGUUCUCCUGCAAGGCUGUUGAUAAGUCCUUACGAAUGGUAGAUGCCUCCGAUUCUACAAGCCAAAUUGACCAACAGGCAGCUCUGCUUCCUGCGGCUACUCAGGAGUGCAGCAAGGAAACAAAAACUUCUACAAUUUUCUCUGAUACAACAGUGAAGGAGAGUGGUAGAGAUGAAGCAAAAGUUAUCUCUAAAAAGCAAGAGGAAGGAAACAAUGAAGAAAAUCAUGGAAGUGCUUCUUCAAAAGUUACAGAUUCUGAACUUCCACAGAGGAAUGAAGAGAUGUUCAACAAUCAAGUGCCUUCAUCUAACAAUACUGAACAAGAUGGUAGGAAAGAUAAGGAGACUGCAUCAACUUCUGGAGAUAAGAACAGUGGACAGAUUGCCACUCCAAGCACUGAUAUGGAAAGCGGAUGUAGUUCUCCAAUUGUCAUCAGAACUUCUGAGCCUUCUCAGAGUGAAGCUGAAAAGGAGAGAGUCAAAGGAUCCACAGACCAGAAUGGUGUUGCAUCAGGAGUUGAUGAUGGGGUUUCUAAGGAUCCAAAAGGAAAUGCUAAUGAUAUAUCUGCAGGUGAUAGAAGUUUCACCUUUGAGGUCCCUCCAUUGGCAGAAUUGUCUGAAAAAGAAACUGGCAAGAAUUGGCAACCCUUUCCUUCCAUGCAACAGGGCAAAGCACCUUUGCAGAGUAUGGGGGGAUCUCCUUCAACUUCUAGCUUAAGCCAAGUGGAUAUCAAAACUUCCGAAGAUGCAUCUCAUGGAAAUCUUAAGGCAUCUGAGAAGAACAUUGGACGAGGUGGCUCCAAAGGUUCUUCUGAACGUAAACCCAGGAGAGUAUCUAGUAAAGGCACAGGAAGAGAAGCUGCUAAAAGGGGAAACCCUGUUAAGGAAAUAACACCUCCAAGGCAAUCUGUUCGACGCGAUAGAGCAGGCAAUGCAUCCCUGAGUUCAUCUGGAAUUUCACAGCUUGUGCAUUCCAAUGAGAUUUCACACUAUGGACGCGUUGAAGGCAGUAGUAUGAAACCAUUUGGUGUUUUUCCUUCUCUGUCGAGUCUGCCUGAUCUAAAUACUGCAGCUUCUUCAGCUGCAAUGUUUCAUCAGCCUUUUACAGAUCUGCAACAAGUCCAAUUACGUGCUCAAAUAUUUGUUUAUGGAGCUCUUAUUCAAGGAAUAGCACCUGAUGAGGCAUACAUGAUAUCAGCAUUUGGGGGAGCUGAUGGAGGAAAGAGCUUAUGGGAGAAGAACUGGCGUGCAUGUAUAGAGAGAUUGCAUGGUCAAAAAUCUCAUCCCAUUAAUCCAGAAACUCCUCUGCAAUCACACUUAGCUGCCAAAACUGAUCAAGCGAUGAAACAAAAUGCACUUCAGAAUAAGGUUACCUCCUCACCUGCUAGUCGAGCAACCAGCAAAGCUACCCCAACAACAAUUGUAAACCCCAUCAUACCCCUUUCAUCACCAUUAUGGAAUGUUCCAACCCCUUCUGGUGAUGCUCUUCAUCCUGCUGGCAUGCCAAGGGGUGCAGUUAUGGAUUAUCAGCCGGCACUUUCCCCAUUGCAUCCUCAUCAAACUCCUCCCAUCAGAAAUUUUGUCAAUGCUCCUUGGGUUUCCCAGUCCCCUUUUCGUGCCCCCUGGGUUUCACAGACCAAUGCAUUGGACGCUAGUGCUCGUCUUCCUUUUCUGCCUGUCACAGAACCAGUGAACUUGACACCUGCAAGAGAAUCACUGGGACCUCUUUCUUCUGGGGCAAAGCAGGCUUCUCCAGUUCCUGUGGUUCAGAGUGGUAGUCCUGCUAACGUUUUGGCAGGGACUCCUCUACCUGACCCUAAGAAGGCAGUAGUAGCCCCUGGUCAGCGCUCUUCCGAACCUAAGUCUAGGAAAAGAAAGAAGGUACCUGUUCAUGAGGAUCCUGGACAUGUUAUCUUAAAGUCACAUUCUCAAACAGCAACUCACUCUGCACCUGUUUCAACUAGUAGUGUUAGUCAAGUUGUUUCCAUCAUUGCUCCCAAUACCAUUGUGUCCAAAUCCACUGAAAAAUUCAUUAUGCCUGUAGCUCCUAUAAUUACUCCAGUUCACCUGCAAAAUGUUGACCGGGAUGCAGGCCAGAAAGCGACUUUGUCUGAGGAGACCCAUGGUAAACUACAGGAGUCUCAGAUACAGGCAAUGGAUGCUGCUGCUAUUGCUGCUGCUGCUGUUAGUCAUGGUCGAGAAAUAUGGAAUGAGUUGAGCAAGCACAGAAAUUCAGGAUUGGCCAAUGAUGUUGAGACUCAAUUAACAUCUGCUGCUGUUGCAAUAGCCGCAGCAGCUACUGUUGCAAAGGCAGCAGCUGCAGCUGCCAAUGUUGCAUCAAAUGCUGCCUUGCAAGCAAAAUUGAUGGCUGAUGAAGCAUUGGUUUCAAUUGGUAGCAGAAAUUAUGUUCAAACUAAUGCAAUCUCUUGUGAUGGUGUGAAAAAUAUGGGCCAGCCUACACCUGCAUCCAUCUUGAAGGGUGAAGAUGCAACAAAUAGUUCUAAUUCUAUUAUUAUUGCUGCAAAAGAGGCUGCUAGGAGGAGGGUAGAAGCUGCUUCAGCUGCCUCGAAGCAUGCUGAAAAUGUGGCUGCUAUUGUCAAAGCUGCAGAGCUGGCAGCUGAAGCUGUGUCACAAGCUGGAACAAUUGUUGCUAUGGGUGGACCUUUCUCCUUGAGUGAGUUGGUAGAAGGUGGUCCAGAAGCUUAUUGGAGAGUACAAAAAGUAUCUUCUGAACAAGUCAUGAAGUUAAAUGACAUGAACAGGGAGCAGUUGGGCAGAGGUGGCCAUGAAGAAGGUCAAGGUGCAUCUGCUGCACAUUCAAAGGAGAUUUCAUUGGAGAAGGAAACUCAGAGUGCUAACCAUGGUCCUUCAACAAGUGGGAAGAAUAAAAAAGGACAAAAGGGCCGUAUAGCUCCAGAUUUAGCUAAAACCACAGAGGCAGUUCCUGAAACCAAGAAUGACUUAAGAUUAUCAUCGAUCACCACUCAUGAGAAGGAAGUGGAAGCUAUAAAAGAAAUGAACAUUGGGGAGGGUUCUCUUGUAGAGGUAUUACGAGUUGGAGGUGGAUCAAAAGGGGCCUGGUUCUUGGCAAAUGUUCUUAGUUUGAGGGAUGGAAAAGCAUGUGUGUGUUACCAAGAACUUCAAUCAGAAGAGGAUGGAGAUAAACUACAGGAAUGGGUGGAACUUAAAGCAGAGGGAGAAAAGGCUCCCAGAAUACGUAUUGCUCGUCCUAUUACUGCUAGGCCAUUUGAAGGCACAAGGAAGAGACGUAGAGCAGCCAUGGGGGACUAUAAUUGGGCUAUUGGAGAUAGCGUUGAUGCAUGGAUGCAAGAUAGCUGGUGGGAAGGUGUUAUCACUGAAAAGAACAAGAAAGAUGAGACGUCUUUAACUAUCCACUUUCCUGCCCAAGGAGAAACUUCUGUUGUCAAAGCCUGGCAUCUUCGUCCUUCUUUGAUGUGGAAGGAUGGUAGUUGGGUUGAAUGUUCUAUUUCUGGGGAUAGCAGUUUCUCUACCCACGAGGGUGAUACUCCACAGGAAAAGAGACCAAGGUUACGUAGUCCACCUGUUGAAGCAAAAGGGAAACAUAAGGUUUCAAAAGGUUCUGACGUUAUGGACUCUGAGAAACCUGAUGAUACAAAGUUGCUGGAUCUAACUACAAGUGAAAGGAUAUUUAAUAUUGGUAAGAACACCAGAAAUGAUAGUAAACCUGAUUCGCUCAGAAUGAUACGUACUGGUUUGCAAAAGGAAGGAUCUAGAGUGGUUUUUGGCAUUCCUAAACCAGGAAAGAAGAGGAAAUUUAUGGAAGUAAGCAAACAUUAUGUUUCAGAUCAGAGCAAAAGGAAUCUUGAAACCAAUGACUCAGUGAAGUUUCAAAAAUACUUGAUGCCUCAAGGAGCAGGAAAUCGUGCAGCAAGAGGCAAUCCUGAAAGUGAACCAAAGGAAAAGCAAAUGGCUGUAUCCAAGCCCAGGGCUCUCAAGUCUGGAAAACCCCCAAGUGUUUCUAGCAGAACCACAUCUAAGAAGGACAACUUCUCAAAUGCAUCCAUUUCCGAAACGGAUGAUGAUGAUGCCACAGAUGUGUCAAAAUCCAAGGAUUCUGCUAGUCAUGAUGAGAAUGCAUCUGGAAAGCAUAACAUGGAGUUUAGAUCGUUUUCAAGUUCUGAGGGAGCAGCAGAGGGUCCAAUUUUGUUUUCUUCAGCUGGUCUUUCAUCAGAUGCUACAGCCUCAAAGAAAACAUCAACAUCAAAUGCCAAAUCUGAAAGGAUGAGUAAAGGGAAACUUGCACCUGCUGCUAGAAAGUUGGUUAAAAUUGAUGAGGACAAAGUUUCCAACGGUAAUUCUACAAAACCAACUUCUGAUGUGCUUGAGCCUCGCAGAUCUAAUCGCAGGAUUCAGCCAACAUCACGGCUAUUAGAAGGGCUGCAGAGUUCGAUGAUCAUCUCAAAAAUUCCUUCAGUUUCACUUAAUAAAGGUCACAGAAGUCAAGGCAGGAGUGCUAGAAGGGAAUAACCAUGGAUGGUAUGAGCUCUUGUGCAACUACAGGGAUCCAGUCCAGAGAAACUCAGUGGGUACUGGAUGACCAAUAUAGCAUUUUGUGUAUAUUUCUUUCAUGAUAGAGGGAAAAAAAAACUAGGGAUGGAAAUUGUUUGCUUGGGUUUAACUUCAAGAUAUCUAGUAGUAGAUGUUUAUACUCUGAUUUUUAGUUCUUCACAAUUAUAAUCUGAUCUCUUUAGGACCUUUCGUACUAGGUUGUAUAUGGAAUACUUCCAUGUAGUUUGGCUGGUUGGGUUGAAUACUGCAGAGAAGCAUUAAUUUAUCAUCAAUAUAUUUCCUGACUCUGAACAAUCCAAGAAUAAAUUCUGCCUGCUAUU